GAUUGCACGUACAGCCAAGAUUUGGAAGCCGAAGUACUUCGGAAGGGUGAUAGGGCACUCGACUUGCGAAUGCCAGUUGUGCUGACGACACUCCAACAUUCUUCUCUCCAACACCGCCUUCGAUUCCGGACUUUCCUCGACGAUAAGCCUCAUCCAUUAUCCGUGGUCACGUUCUCAAGAUCACUGGACGGUCACAAGGACUGAUCUCAUCGUGAUGCCCGUUGUUUCCACUUUCAAUCUUGAGGCGCCUAGUGUCCAUCGUCAUGACUACGCCAGGCUGCCCUCCAGUCUCAAGCACCUUCGAAGGAGAAGAGAGGAAGCACUACGAAGAGACUAGUUUUGAUGCCGAAGUUGCUUCGCAUGCCCUUCACCUCCGUGGGCGUAAAUUAACCAUUUCGAUCGCAUUCGUUGCUGGCACUGGGUUUACGUUGUUCGGCUAUGAUCAAGGGGUUAUGUCUGCAUUGCUGACCGCUGGACAGGUUGUAGUGGAUAGCAGUCACCCUAACCACGCUACACUGCAAAGCUUUGUUGUCGCUAUAUAUGAAAUUGGAUGCCUCAUGGGGGCUUUAUCUAAUCUUUGGGUAGGAGAUCGUUUGGGAAGACGCCGGACAAUUGCAUUGGGUGGAUGUAUCAUGAUUAUUGGUGCUAUUCUCCAAACGACUAGCUACAGCUAUGCACAAUUAGUGGUCGCUCGGGUAGUCACCGGCAUUGGAAAUGGCUUGAAUACCUCUACAGUUCCUAGCUAUCAUGCAGAGCUCUCGUCUGCAGCAAAACGCGGCGCGUUGAUAUUGAUUGAAGGGUCUCUCAUCACUUUUGGUUGGAUAGAUUUUGGCCUUUAUUGGGCGAGUGGAUCUUCUGCUCAGUGGAGAGUCCCCAUUGCGCUCCAGAUGGUUUUGGCUCUGGUCAUGGUCUUUGGAAUCGGUUUCGUGGUGAUUAGGCUUGUGAAGCAAAACCGAAACGCAGAAGCAAUAGCAGUCAUAUCGGCACUCGAGAACAAAUCCCCAGACGAUGCUGAAGUUCAACGCACCUAUCAUGCUAUCCGGGAAGCGGUUGCUAUCGAGGAUUCUGGGACCUCAAGCGGCCUUGGAGGCAAACAUCCGCUACAGAACCCCAAGCGCUCGUCUUUGAGAAAACUUCUCAUAGGCGGCCGGAGCCAACAUUUCCGGAGAGCUUCUCUAGGAGUGAUCAACCAGUGCUUUCAACAAAUUACGGGCAUCAACCUGAUUACAUACUACGCUGCAAAUGUUACCUCACGUCUCAUCGCGGCUGCCAAUGGAACAGAGUAUUUCUUUGCCUCUCUCAUAGCUAUCUUCAUCAUAGACCGUAUCGGGCGACGAAAGCUCAUGCUUUUUGGCGCUGUAGGCCAGUGCAUUACUAUGAUAUUGCUUGCCGUUCUUGGCAGUGUACGAGGCGCUGGAGCCCAAGUAGUGAGCGCUGUGCUACUUUUUGUGUUCAACUCGUUCUUUGCCAUCGGCUGGUUGGGCAUGACAUGGCUAUACCCUGCCGAAAUUGUUGGGUUGGAAAUUCGUGCGCCUGCCAAUGCACUGAGCACAUCUUCGAAUUGGAUCUUUAAUUUCGUAGUCGUAAUGGUCACAGGCCCAUCGUUCAACGACAUAUCAUGGGGCACUUACAUUGUAUUCGCUGCGUUGAACGCUUUCAUCAUUCCAGUAGUCUAUUUCUUCUUCCCAGAGACUGCAGGUCGUUCGUUGGAAGAUAUGGAUGUCGUCUUUGCAUUGGCUUACAACGAGGGUGUCUCGCCGGUCGAUGUCUCUCUACGGAAGGACGUUCCUCUUGCGGGAACACCAGAGGCUGAUAGAAUAUUGGGCAUAGAUACAAUAGACCAGAAGGUCAACAUCUCAGGGGAGACCUCGUGAUGGGCACCACCCAUGUAUUGUAGAGAACGUCACGUCCAUUGCAGGCACGUUGUUUGUAUGGUAAUUAUACCAGCUAGGUCAGGAGGUUCUCUUGAGG